GGGCUCGGGGGCGGGGUCUGGCUGAGCUGCAGCCGCGGCCUUCCGUCUCUCUGUCUCUUCGGGUCGUGUCUGAAGCCGCAGCAACUGAGGGUCGACACACACGCGUGUGAAGGCGGUGCUGCCGUGUGACCGCUGAGGAUGACGCCCAAGCCGAGCGGUAUGGUCAAGGCUGAGGAGACACCAGUGCGCGUGGCCGUGCGUGUGCGUCCGCUGCUGCCCAAGGAGACGCUGCACGGACACCAGUCCUGUGUGCAUGUGGCCUCCGACUCCCGGCUCCUCACCCUGGGACACGAUCACUGCUUCUCCUUUGACGUUGUCCUUGACCAGAAUGCCAACCAGGAGGAGCUCUACAGCACCUGUGUGGAGUCCCUCGUCCAUGCCUUCUUCCAGGGCUUCAAUGCCACCGUAUUCGCCUACGGGCAGACGGGAUCUGGCAAGACCUACACCAUCGGGGAGGCCAACAUUGCCUCUGUCAGUGAGGAGGACCAGGGGAUAAUCCCACGCUCCCUGGCUGAGGUGUUUAAACUGAUUGACGAGAAUGAGGCGAGAGACCACACUGUCAGGGUCUCAUACCUGGAGGUCUAUAAGGAGGAGUUCAAGGACCUGCUGGAGGUGGAGACGGCAAAUAAAGACAUUCGUAUCCGUGAAGAUGACAAAGGGAACACAGUGCUGUGUGGGGUGAAGGAGUGUGAGGUGGAGGGCCUGGACGAGGUGCUGAGUUUGCUAGAGAUGGGGAACACGGCCAAGCACACGGGAGCCACUCUGGUCAACCCUCGCUCCAGCCGCUCCCACUCAAUCUUCACGGUGACCAUGGAGCAGCGGCGAGGCCAAGGGCGAGGCCGGAGUGGAGACAGCAAUGGGAACGCCGAGCUCGGCACCAAACUCCUAAUCUCCAAAUUCCACUUUGUGGACUUGGCCGGCUCGGAGCGCAUCGUGCGGACGGGGAACGCUGGGGAGCGGCUGAAGGAAUCCAUCCAGAUCAACAGCGGCCUCCUGGCUCUGGGCAACGUGAUUAGUGCCCUGGGUGAUCCCAGGCGCCGGAGCGCCCACAUUCCUUACCGCGAUUCCAAGAUCACCCGCAUCCUGAAGGACUCGCUGGGCGGCAAUGCCAGGACCCUGAUGGUGGCCUGUAUCAGCCCCUCCGCGCUCAACUUCGAUGAGAGCCUGAACUCGCUGAAUUACGCCAGUCGCGCUCGCAACAUCCGCAACCGAGCGGUGAUCAACUAUGGCGCCGAGGGGGAGGGCGAGGGUCCAGGGGGGCUGGCACGGCAGGUGCAGGUUCUCCGCCAAGCGCUGGAGAGGACGGAAAGGCGAGAGCCCAGUGAGGGCUAUCUGGCCCGGCUACACGCACAGAGCGAUCACUACCGCUCCUGCACGGCGGCCGCUCACUGUCUCCUGGCCGGGCUGCGAGAGGCCGGGACCCUGGGGCCCGAGCAGGGGCUCAGGGUCAGGGAGUGGAUGUCUGCCGUGGAGGAGGCGCAGGGCCGACUGUCCACAACCUCCGACAGCGGCAUCGGAGACCAGACUGGAGCUCGGCAACUCCACAGGGACCAGCCCGGCCGGCGGCAGGUAAACACCGGGGCUCGGAGCGACACUACCUGGGAAGCCAACAAUAACCGGGGGAGGUGGGGGGUGCGCGUGCAGGAGCUGUGGGUAUUGUUCUGUAUAGUGCCCAGACUGACCCCCCCCCCCACCUCCAAGUGCUUCUCAUUUGAUGUUGUUAUUACGGUUUACAAACCGCUUGUGCAGAGGCCGGUGAGUACAUUGGGUCAGAUCCCAGCUCUGUGUCUGCCCGGCCUGCGUGUGGCUGCUGCUGCCACUGACCCUGCGAGGCUGGAGGCACAAGUGCAGCGUCUGCAGGAGGAGAACAGCGACUUCCUGGCGGCUCUAGAGGACGCGAUGGAGAGGUUCAGGCAGCAGAACGAGAAGCUGUUGGAUCAGCAGGACUGUAUUGUGCAGUUACAGAGCAGAUUGUCAGCCGGCAGCUGGGGCCCCGCGGUCAGCCCUCGCCCCCGUGAUGAUGUGAGCCACAGGCCUCCUGUCCAACCCGUCUCCACCGCGUUCAGCAACUCAGUGAACUCUCCUCGACUCCCAAAUCAACUCAAUACUGUCCUCUCUCUCUCCUCCCUCUCCCCUCUCUCUCUUGCCUCCUCCCUCUCCCCUCUCUCUCUUGCCCCCUCCCUUACUGAUUUGUACUCUCUUCCGUUCGACACUGUAGUAAAGAGAUCGACCGGUGAGACACUGUGUGUCCGCCGGCAGCCACUGGUUACUGCCCCCGACACUCACUGUCUGUUUGUUUCCCGCCAGACGUGGCCUCCCCCAGACACGGGGCCCGGGCUUGGGGCCCCAGGAGACCAGGGGGCUGGGCUUCAUGUGGAUUCCAACACCGACGCUGAGUGUGGGACCUCACAACCAGAGGAGGCGACCGACAGCAAACUGGAGUCCAGCAGACACGGCAGGAAUCACACCUGGACUGAGAGGCACCUCCCUGAGGCUGAGCAGAGUGAGGGGCUGUGUGAGGGGGGAGUGCGGGCUCGGGGCUGCUCCCCUGGCUCAGAUGACUGUGAGGACGUGUCGGGAUCCUCGCUCAGGAGCUGGGAAUGGAGACUGGCUCAGGCCCAGCACCAGGUCAGGGAGUUGGCCGUCAACAUCCGCAUGAAGGAGGAGCUCAUCAAAGAAUUGGUGAAAACAGGGAGGGAAGCGGAGACCAUGAACGAGCAAUACUGCCGCACGAUCAGCCGCCUCGAGCAGGAGGCAGAGAGGGUGAGGGCAGAGGGGGCCGAGGCUCAGCAGCAGCUCCAGGAACUGGAGGAGAACCAACCGAGGGACCCGGUGGAGAAGGGCAAAGUGCAGGAAUACCGCAGGAAGGUGAACGCUGUGCACAGCGCAGUGCAGGCAUUGACCCGGCGGAAGCGGGACACGGAGCGUCUGGUGUCCUUCUCGGUGCAGAGCGAGAGGCGGAUCCUGGAGAUGGAGAGCAACGUGCGGCUGAUGAGGGAGCGACAGGCGGCGCUGCAGCGGAAGCUCAAGGAGGAGACGGACCAGAAGCGACGUAUGGAGUGCGAGAUGCAGCGAGGAAAACAUCGUGUGAAGGAGCUGGAAAUCAAACAAGAGCAACAGCAGAAGAUCCUCAAGAUCAAAACAGAGGAAAUCGCAGCAUUUCAGCGGCAACGGCGGAGUGGCAGCACCGGCUCCGUCACCAGCACCAGCACCAGCACCAGCCAGGAGGAGCAGCAGAAAAUGGAGGAGCAGAGGCGGUGGCUGGAUACAGAAAUGGAGAAGGUUCUGGAACAGCGAAAGGCAUUGGAGGAUCUGGAAGAGGAGCUGAAGAAGCGAGAAACCAUCGUCGAGAAGAAGGAGGCACUACUGCAGGAGCGGAGCGGCCUGGAGAGCAAGCGGCAGCGUUGCAGUCAGGCCCUGAGCAGUGACCUGGAGCGGGUAUCGAGCCGGAUCGAGUGCCUGGAGCAGGAGCUGUGUGAGAAGGACUGGCAGCUGCGGGGGGGCAGUGCCAGUGAGCAGCAGAGGCUCCGCCAGGAGAUCGCCGGCCUGCGGCACGAGAAGGAGCAGCUGGUCAGGCAGCGCAGCGAGCUGGAGGACAAACUGCGGCUCGGGACACUGCUGUCUGCAGAGGAGGAGCGGAUGCUGUUACAGUUGGACGAGGCUAUUGAGGCUCUGGACGCUGCGAUUGAGUACAAGAAUGAGGCGAUCACCCAGCGGCAGCGAGUGCUGGAGGACUCUGCCACCCUCUCCCAGUGUGAGAUGAACCUCAUGGCGAAGCUCAGUUACCUCUCGGCCUCCGAAACCCGGGCACUGCUCUGCAAGUACUUCGACAAGGUGGUGACGCUGCGGGAGGAGGAGGCCCGGCUGGUGCUGACGCUCGGGGAGCUGGAGCUCCGCGGGGAGGAGCAGCAGAGGCUGGUCCAGUGGCUGGAGUCCGCGCUGGAGCGACAGCGACUGGAGACUGACCGCAGACUGACACUGCAGCAACGAGAGCAUCAGAGCCAUCUCCAGCUCCUCCUGCAGCACUGCACAGGUCAGAUGGAUGAGGAAAUGGCCGGGAGCCGGAGGCAGUACGAGGCUUGUGUCCAGGGUCUGGAGCAGGAGCUGCUGUGGUACAAACACAGUCACCAGGAGCUCAGCCUGAAACUGCGGGACGUCUCCCGCUAUCUGCGGAGCCACCCCCCGCAGCUCCGUCUCCACGGGCCUGGCCUGGGUGCGAGGGAGGAAGCGAUGCCGCUGGAGGUGAGGGACGAUCGGGAGACAAACAUCUCAACACAAGAGGCUGCAGGGCUGGCCCCUGCUGAAUGGAGCCCCCGCCCCAGAGAGGCUGCCCCGCUGCCUCGCCCCCGACCUCGCUGCUCCCUGCCGCCCCCCGAGAGCGGGCUGGGGCUGACAGAGCUUCCAUGCAACCGCCUCCUGUCGCCUGCAGACACCCCACCGCAGCGCACUCUCCCCUCGGGACACAGAUCCCAGAAACUGCCCAGGAGAACCAGCCUGAGUUCCAAUCCUGAAAUCAUUGACGUGCGGAAAAAUCCAGUGGGAUAAAGACUCGGAUACACAGUUGGCUCAGAACAAUAUCACCGCGACUGAACGGCAGCAAAAGGAGCUUUUAAUACCAGGAUUUCUUCUAGAUUCCUGGGCAGAGCGAAACCUUAGGCAAGUUUCCUUACUCCA